AGGUGGAGCACUACGAAUGGGACUACGCCACUGGUGCUCAGAUGGUUGUGCAAUUCGAAACGAACCAAAGGAGCAACUACCGGUUGCGGACCCAAAACACAGAUCUGGUGGCCCAGCCACGUUUGAAAGAGUUCCGCCGCUCAUGUUGCCGCAGAUCUGGUGCAGUGCUUCAGUUUGAUUCCUUGAUGAACAAUAGGACCUUUAUGGCUCCCGCACGUGUUUUGCAAUGCAUUCUGCCGGACGUGCUGAACAAUGAGUAUGUCCUUUACGCUAUCGCACAUUCCUCGAAUGAAGAUAUUUUCGAGUUCCAUGGCUGCCAGGCCAUCAUCUCAUUGGGUUGGAGUCAGGCGUGGUUCGGUGCUACUGUGGACUCCUGCUCCAGCAUUUUACUGGCGAUUCUGUUUGCAGUGAUCACCGUGCACUUGCAAAUUGGAAGGGCCGAGAGUGCAGGAACUUUCGAGUUUUUCUUGCUGGCCGUGUCUGCAGUGCUGGUGACGCUGAACUUGGUGAAGGAGCUCCAGCUGAUGCAGGGCAUGUUCUUGCUGGGCAAGUUGCGCCAGUAUUGGUUUACAGUGGGGAACUACUUAGACUGGUGUCGUUUAUGUCUCAGCUAUGCGGUGCUGGGGAUGUUGGCGUUUGACUGGGCAAUUCCAUCCACAGACAUGAGCAUUCUCCUGGCCAUCACUGUGCUUUUCCGAUGGGGUGAUGUACUGACCACCUUCCGUGGCUACCAGUGGGUUGGGGAAAAGGUGUUGCCAAUCGAGCGGGCGCUGUUGUCCUCAAGGACCUUCGCUGCUAUAGUGUGGGUAGCCUGCUGCGCCUUUACAAAUUCCUAUGUGGCCUUGGGGCUUAGCAGCGGCGGGUCGGAACGGCUUUUCCAUUCCUUCUUUGUGAUAUAUCGCUUGGGUUUCCUGAGUGACUUGGAGCAUCGAGUGUGGAACACUCCAGAGGAGAUCGAGGAUCCAAAGAAGGAUUUGGCAGCAGCACUUGGGAUUAUUACAUCACUAUGCAUGACAGUGGUGAUGAUGAACAUUUUCAUUGGUGUGCUUUCUGAAAGCUAUUCGCAGGCCUACCGAAAUCGUCACCUCAGCUUUCAGCGUGAGCGGUCUCGCAUUGCCUUUGCUCACAGUGUCAGGAAACGGGCAUAUGACGCUUGGCGCUUGACCUGUUGCUGCCGGAAGGAGAAAGCUGAAACCAACAGCAAGUACUUGUGGUACAGCGUGAAGCAGUCACAGGCAGCGAUCGCGACCCAGCACCACAAACCAAAGCAGCGUGUUCCUUCUGGUGGCAGGCGGAUGUCGAGCAUUCUCAAGACUUUGCUGAGGAAAGAAGGUCCGUCUCCGGUGUCUAUGUCAGAGGAUUCCUCCCCGGUCAAGCCUAGGCGACUGAAGCCACAGCUGCCGCGUGUGGCCAGCAACCAAAGUGCGCACGCAGCACCUCCUGUGGCAUCAGUGGCAUCAGGGCCUGCAUUCCAGUCGGUCUUGCCUGAACCGCAACUACUACGAGGGCGCGUCGCAGAAUCUGAAAAUGUUGUCAACGUGCCUGGCAUGGUGCAGACGCCGCCCAAUCAUGGUGAUGGCCUCACGUGGGAGAAGGUUCUCAGCAGAGCCGUCGAGGACUAGAGUCCUGCGCGUUUUGACGAGGCAGCGAGGCAUGUGAUUCAGUUGAUAUGUGUCACAUGUUUGACAUGUCAGGUGUCACAUGCUAGAAGGCCUCAUAUGUUUGAUUGAUGCCGAGAUGACAUGACACUUCCUGUACAUAAACUGCAUGGCAAAGAACAUACAUGGAUAUCUCACGGAAGAUAUUGGGGAUGCACACGAACGUGCUUGGUUUUGGCUGUCCGCAUGUAGACUUCAAAGAAGAUCCGCAUGCAAAUUGAACAUGGCAUUGAUCAAGGGGAGUGUGCGAGGAAAAAGCCUAGUCUCGAGGAAGAGAGGUUGGCAAAUGGAAAGCCUUGGCUUUGG